GGCGGCGCUAGAGUGACAAAUAUCUUUCAUUCGCGGCAGUCCUAGUUUAUUGGUCUCUGGGCAGUCCUAAACGGCGACAGCACGCAUUUGGAUUUUGACGUGUGACAGUAAGUAGCUGCAGCCAAAUUCGGUUGCAGGUUGAUAGUGUAUCGUAAUAAAGACGUUCGGUAAUGAAACAGUGAUUGAAAUGGCCGAGAGUAAAGGUGCGUUAAUCGCGAAAACAGUGCAAAAACAUGCCGGACGGGCGAAGGAAAAGCUCCUCCAGAACCUUGGCAAGGUAGACAGGACCCUCGAUGACAUCUUCGAAGAACACCUGCAGAACUUCAACCGGCAGCACCAACAGGCGACCAGGCUUCAGAAAGAGUUCAACAACUACAUAAGAUGUAUACGGGCGGUGCAAACAGCAUCAAAGACGCUGAUGGAGGCGAUCACAGAAGUAUACGAGAGCGGGUGGUCUGGCCACGAUCUGCUGUACGUGCAGGCGCAGAACAUGGAGAUGCUGUGGCAGGACUUCUCGCACAAGCUCGGAGACCAAGUGCUGAUACCGCUUAAUACGUACACUAACCAGUUCCCGGAGGUCAGGAAAAAGAUCGAGAAACGCGGUAGAAAGUUAGUGGACUAUGACAGCCAAAGGCACAGCUUCCAAAAUCUGCAGGCGAACGCGGCUAAAAGAAGGGACGACGUCAAGGUGACGAAGGGUCGCGAGCAGCUGGAGGAGGCGAAGCGCACGUACGAGGUGAUGAACUCCGAGCUGCACGACGAGCUGCCCGCGCUCUACGACUCGCGCGUGCUCUUCUACGUCAACAACCUGCAGACGCUCUUCUCCGCCGAGCAGCUCUUCCACCACGAGAGCUCCAAGGUGUUCGCGGAACUGGAGGCCAUCACGGACAAGCUGGCGACGGACUGCCAGCGCGGCUCGUACAAGAAGUCCAACGCGACGCUCAACAACGUGGCGCCCGCCAUCGACUCCGCCCCACACAACGGACAAGCGCACACCGUGCAGACGCCCCCCUCCCCCGCGCUCAACGGUGACUCCCCCCCGCCGCCCGCCUCGCCGCCAUCCUCGCCGGCGCCCGCGUCAGCGCCUGCGCAGCACGACCACGAGCCCGAGAACAAACCAGAGAGCAAACCCCCCGCACCGACCGUGGCUCCAGCGCCGGCCGCCGCUCCGGCGCCCGAGCCCACGCUUAAUAACGUCGACGAAAAGGACAAGCCAAAAGAGAAGGAAAAAGAAAAGGAUAACGAUAAGAAGGUCGAGGAGUUAUACGACAUACCCGUCGGGUCACCGGCUCCGGAGAAGAUAAAUGAUAACGCUGAAACCGCUCCCGUAGAUGUAGAACAAAAGGUUGAAAAGGACCUCAAACAGAACAACGAGAAGACGGAGGAUGUAUACGAUAUACCUGUCGGGGCGACGCUGGCGGGGCUGCCGGCGGGCGCGCUGUACCGCGUGCGCGCCACCUACCGCUACACGCGCGAGGACUCCGACGAGCUCUCCUUCGACGUCGGCGACAUCAUACGCGUCGUCGAGUACGACGAUCCUGAUGAACAGGAGGAAGGCUGGCUGAUGGGUAUAAAAGAGUCGACGAACGAGAAAGGCAUGUUCCCGGCGAACUUCACGCGGCCCAUAUGAACCUAACUUGUUAUGUCGUCGACUAUUGUACUGCAGCGAGUGGCGACCGCUGCGUGAUCGAGAUAAAUACUGCGAAUAUUUGUGCAUUGGGGUAAUGUCACAUUUAAUCAUCUGUAUUAAUUUGUUCAUUAAAUUUAAUGUUUCAUAUCGUUUGUCUUCCAAUAUUAUUAAAAAGUGUGUAACUGAUAAUCAUAUUUUGGCUAGCUCAUACGCUAAACUCAUUUUACUUUCAAAGCAAUGUGACUAUUCAUUCACAUUUUGCGGUAUAUUUUAUAUAAAAAUACCUUAAUUUAUUUUAAAACAAAAUGUAAGUCACUAAAACGAUUUACGAACAAAUAUCGUGGAAUAAUUUGCAAAUUUGCUAUUUAGCAAAUUUAAAAAAGUUUUUAAAAAGUAUAAUAUACAGUUUAUCAUAAUCAUCAAUAGCUUGGAUUAAGUAACCAGAAAUCAAAAUAUCCCAGUAUUUAAAUCAAUCAUGCGACGGUCGACAACGCAUUCAAAACCAGCCUUGUACAAGAUACUUGUAUAAACAAUUAUACAAUAUGUCUUAACAAAUAUAAUCGUAACAAAUCAUGUUUAGUUGUUGAAUGUUUAUAGAUUAUAUAUUUAUUUAUUUUCUUUUUUUUUGUACUAAUGCCACCGUCCAAAGUUAAAGUAACUUAUGCAUAUUUAUACGAGAUUUGUAGUUCUAAAAUGCUAUUUCGACAUUAGAAUAUGGAAUUCCAGAUAUUUUUAUAUCAUGUUUAGCCUACAGAUAUAUUGACAUCAAGUAUUUAUUAUUCCUAAAUUAAGUAAAUACAUAAUACAUAAUGUUCAUUGGAGACUUUCUCUUUGGACGGUUUGGGCGAUGUAACAUUGUACAUAUGACGUAUGUUUAACCAUCGUUUUGCUUGAAAAUGCGUCGUUAUUUUCAUCUUAAUUAUUUUAUUUAUUGAACCCAAAAUGAUUAUGUUCGUUAUAGAAAACAACCGCAAUAAUUAAAAAGAAAAUAUUUGAUGAAAAAUAUAUUUUUAAAACAUAUUUAGGGACAUAGAGGUUGUUUUCUGCUCGCUAAUAUAUUUCAAAAUUAAUGACAAUAAUUUGAUAUGAUUAUUUGAAAAAUUAAUUUAUAAAAGAUUUAUAAUAUUUGCUCAUUGUUAUGUAAAAAAGUGACCUUAAAUUAAUAUUUCGAUGUAAUACAUUUUGAGCAUUUUAUUUUUGCAGCAUUCACUCUUGGCGAUCCUAUUUAGAUUCUAAAUGCGUGACUUUAUUUCGGAUUGCUUUUUUAAAUCUUUACCUCACUUAGAAAUCUUAUUACUAUCCAAUUUACUACCAAAUUAUUUAUGAUGCCAGAUGUCAUCAAAAGAUGGCGCUAAAUCGAGGCGCCUUGUGUGAAGCAACUUUGUGCUUGAAUCCUAUCCCUAAACAUCUUAAAUAAUCGACGUGUCAAUCAAACAUUACAACAAUAAAGAAUCCGUAGUCUCUGUGGAUUUAUAUAUCGCUUAUUAAAAAUAAAAAACUAUUAAAAACAUAGAGAAUAAAAAUAGAAUGAUUGUUGGAAGUCGUAGCACAUUUUUUGUUUUCAAUGAGCGGUAUAUUAUACAGAGUAUAACUGCGAACUGUAACGUAAGUCUCAAUAUCUUAUAUUUCCAUAUACACCUGCAUUUCAUUUUCUCGGUUUGCAUUUUAAUAGUAAACAUAUUUUCCCCAUGUGUGUUGUAUGAAGGGAAACUAAAAGAAUUCUUGUAAUCAGCGUUCAUUUGUCAUAUUGUAUUCAUAAGCCAACACUAUAUUUUCUUCCAAUGAUCAUUGAGUAAUAUGAAAGAAUUCUUCUCCAAUCCAUAUUUUCUAGAUUAUUAGUCUCUAAUAGUAAGAGCACCAUUGAAAAGGAAUUCUUUUAGCUUCCAUUCAGAUAAGAAUCGAGGUUAAGUUUUAGUGUAUAUAAUAUUGAUUUUUAAAGUUUUGUUGACGCCCAUUUUAUUGUAUUGUUAAUUAAUAUAACACAUUAAGUCGAAAUCGAAUAUAUUUAGCUACAAUAUAAUAAAUGGUUUUCAAUUUAAGUAGAAUUAUUUUUGGUUAAUAUUAACACUAUUAGUGAACCUGAUACUAACUGUUACUUUAAUUCUAUUAUGCUUACAAUUUAUGAGUGUGGAGUAGCGUUUUCGAACUGGAGACAAAGAUUUAAUAUAUCUGACAUAUCUGUAUCGUAAUUUUAAUUUAAAUAAGGGUAGACAUAAAUUUUACUUCAAUGAAUAUCGUAACUAACGCCAUCUGUCGAAAUAGUUAUACAAAUUGUUAAUAUUGCAACUCGGACGUGCCUCCAAUUCGUCAACGCCAUUUAUAAGUGUAGUAAACAUUAUGCUCAGAACAAACAUUGAUAUUACAACGCCUGUGUCAAAAAAGGGUGCUUUGAAAAAAUGUACAUAAAUUAUAUAUUUUACAUUUUUUACCCCCUGUUUAUAGAUUAAGGAGUGAUUGAAUCAUGUGUUCUAAUUUAUAAUCAGCCAUUGAGCGGAGUCAAUGCGAGAUAAAAAAUAUUUUCUCCCAUUCAAAAACAGAAUGAUCUGUUCGAUGGGACUUGAUAUUUUUAAGUAUUACAAUAUUUUAACCAAAUUAAAGUUUUACUUCGUGUCGUGUAACGUGGGUGGCCUGUUAUCAUUGCUAAACAGCUGUGGCCUUUGAAGUGGCGGUUUAUGAAUUUUAGUCGUUUUUGUGUCAGUUUGACUGAUGGUUGUCGGAAGUUCAUUUGACGUAGAGUGUAGAUCGACGCGUCGAUAGUUGUGGCUUUAUUGUCAGCAGUGCCAUGCGAGCUCCAUAAUGUAACGUUAUUUUAUAAGUUUGUUAGGACUUGUACAGUUUUUACAACUGCAAAUAAAAUGUUUCACACAUA